CCUUCAAAGCAUCUUCCUUACAGAUGGGGAUUUUAGUUUUUCUGAGAGUCUGAGCAAUGAUUCAAAACCAGUCAAGGCACUUCAUUUCCCAUGAUGCAGCGGUUCUCUCCGAAGCACCCAUGCUUCUGUUUUUGUUAUUGUUGUGAGAGAACAUCGUUUUCAAGAGGAUAUUGUUUUGAUUACCUAAGCUAAAUCGGAAAACACCUCGGGUGCAUCACUAUUCUGUUGCCAUGGAGAAGACAUGGAGGGUGGAGUUUCGUAAUGUUGGAAGUUGCUACUUUCCACAGAGCAGAGUGGACUGUCACUACACCAUCAACCCACAGCACACAUGGGCCAGUAAUGACUGGAUUGGAUUAUUUAAGGUUGGCUGGUCAUCAGUCAAGGAGUACCAUACAUUUGUUUGGGCAGUAGCUCCAUCCAGCUACAAAGAAGGGACCUCUGUCAACUGCUGUGUUAAUUUCCAAGCUUCUUACCUACCAGGGCCUAGUGCUCAGCAGUACCAGUUUGUGUAUGUGGAUGGAAAGGGAGAGAUUUGUUCUUGCAGCGCUGCCUUUACCUUCUCAGCACCAAAGCCCCUGGAAGAGCUGGUGACCCUGGAGGAGGAGGGUCAAGGAGAGGAAGUGGGCGAGGACAUGUUGCUGGUCAUCCCUAGAGCUCAGCUACUGCAGAGUCGUCUUCAGGAGUGUUUAAAGGAGCGUGCAGAGCUGCUCCAGGCUCUAGAAGCUGCAGACCAGAACGUGGAGAGGGAGAAAGGCAGAAGGGAGAGAGACAGAGGGUCCUGGGAACACACACGCAAGGAGCUUGAAAGGAAGAUCGACGAUCUGAAGGAGGAAGUGAGAGAAUAUAGAGAGAAAGUGGAGGACAUGAAGAAGAAGCAGAAGGAAGUUGAGGAUUUAGGCGAGGCCCUGACAGAGGAGAAAAGAGCCCUGCUUGCUCAAAAAGAAGCGAAUGAGCAGCGAAUCAGAGAGCUUGAGGAGGACAUCAAAAUACUGACCCAGAGGGGCUUGGAGAGAGAGACUGACUUAGAAAGGAUGAGGGAAAGGGCUAAAAAAUCAGCAGCUCAGAAGAGGGAGGAUGAAGAUGAACACAAGAACCUGAAGUUAAAGAUGGAGCAGACAGAGAAAGAGCUGCACAGUCUGUCAGCAGAGUUCCAGAGUCUGAGAAGCUCAUUGGCCCAGAGAGACACACACGCCCUGCAGCUUAGAGACACCAUCACCACCCUCACACACAAACUCAACAGCGCUCACAGGAAGGAGGCAGCCAAUGAAUUGGCUUUGAAUGAACUCCGAAGUGUUCAGGAGCGUCUGAAUGUUAGUGAACACUGUGUGGAGACUCUGAGGGGAGAGCUGAGAGACAUGGUUGCUCAGAGAGACAGUGCACAUGCUGAGCUCCAUCAGGCCCGUCUGCAGGCCGCACAGCUCACACUUCAGUUAGCAGAUGCCAGUCUGGCUCUGAGAGAAGGCAGGGCCAACUGGGCACAGGAGAGAGAGACACUGCAGCAGAAUGCUGAGAUUGACAAAGUGCGUCUGGAACGCCAAAAUGAUGAGAUCCAGCAGAAGGAGGAGAUGUUGCAGAAGGCAAGGAUGGAGAGAGAGAAAGCAGUGGUGGAGCUGGGAAGAGAGAAAGAUUGCAAUCGGGUUCAGCUAAGUGAGACUCGGCGUGAGCUUCAGGAGCUAAAGGCAAGUCUCAGGGUGGCUCAGAAAGAAAAGGAACAGCUGCAAACAGAAAUACAGGAAGUGAUGGAGUACAGCCGUCAGCUGGAGAGAAGGCUGGAGGUGCUGAGCGAUUGUAAAUGGAGUGAGACGGCCCUGCUGCAGAGCAGUCGUGCUGAAAGCCCACUGCUGUCUGAUUCUGAGGAUGAGAACCCGGAGGCCUUGCAGGACACACACUCUUCUGGGCCUCUGAAUCACUAUAGUCUGUGUGAGCAGCCCCAGUCUGACCUGCUGCUCCCAGCCACCCCACCACCCUCUCCCAGACAUCCCUCCACAGUGGUCAUCAGCCAGCCUGCACCCCUUUCAUCUCCACACCAACCCAGUGCUCGCUCACACACUCACAGCUCUGAGUCGGAGGAAGAGUAUGAGGCCGCUUUGUCAGGCGGGCACAGCUCUGGAGAGGAGACAGCUCUUCUCCUGCCUGACAACAGAGACACUACCCUCGGAGAGCUGGCUGAGAGCCCCCUGUGGUGAGAAGCAGAACUGCAGGAAUGGAUGGCCUUUGCAGCGUGGACGGCUUUGCAUCAGCGCAACACCUGUUAAGAGUUUUGUAUUAAGAAGCAUUUGCGCUUUAUAUUAUAUUGACAUGAGUAUUUAAAUAUGCAAUUUGCUUUACACUUUAUAUGCACUUAGAAUAUGCAUAAGCUGUUAGACCUCUAUUGUGGGUGGCACACGGUUUUACAGUAACUUGCACGGACGUGUUAUUUUACACAUAUCAACUGACAAGCAGAAAGCGUCUGUAAUGAAGCAGGUUGCAUAUGAAGAGAAAGAAUUAGUGUGUGUUUCUCUCUCUCUGUGUGUGUGCGUGUGUGUGUUAAGGUUAUUUCAGUCUAUCUUUUCUUGUGUUUUAUUUGAGUUUAGUCAUAAGGCUUUUACUUCUGUAACACUAUCAUUAAUCAGCAUCAGCAAUAAUGUAAAGCACAAUGAUAUCGAGAUCCUUGCAGAUUUUAGAUUUAAGAUUCGUUUGGGUGCUCUUCAUUGUGUAGCUCUUGUCGUAGAAGUUUUUGGAAUCUUUAGUUUGAAGAAAGAUGUGUGAAUAUGUGCAAUGGAGUACACCAGCGACUGAUUGUCCCGUUAUUAUGUAAGAGUAAAGAACGGCACUUUUGAUUCCUUUCAGGAAGUUUACCCAAUCUCAUGCACAAGACUUUCUUUGGAGGAAAUCCACUUAAGCAUGGAUGAUGUGGUCAUUAAGAAGAGUUUAAGUAGUCACAUUGUAGUCAUAAUAUCUAAUUUAAUGCUUUGACUUAAGUUUCAUGCAUUGUAUCGAAACAUUAAGAAUUGAAUUAUUAUUUGUAUGCAAAACAUACCAAGACAGACGGCUCAAGCACUUGGGUGUUCCUCUUGGUGUUGAAGAUACACACUAGAAAGUUUUCAGAAUGGACUUUGAAUUGAACUGCUUUAAAUUGUGCCUGACGAAAUUCAAGGACUCUUAUAUUUAAUUCAACUUAAUGUGUGAUGGCUUAAUGGUGCAUCACGUGGAUCAUGUGGUGAACAUUAUUUAGCUGUGCUUAGACUUUGCUGAAGCUCAUUACCUGAGGAAAAAUUCAUAAAUUUCCAGACACAGUGAUUACAUUUUAAUUACAUUCACAGGGAGAAUAUUUUAAUGCAUAUAUUAAAAAGUGAAACAACAAAGGGGAUAUUAUGAAAAGGCAUUAUGCAUUAAAACAUAUACCUGUUUUAAAAUGUUUGAAACAUUGGGCUCAGUGUACUCACAGAACUUUCAUUUUGUUUGAAUGAUUUCUUGCUGUUUACUGUAGGUCAGGUUUAAUUGGUUCCUAUAUGUUAUUUGUCUUUUAUACAACAUGUCAUUAUCUGUAUUGACUUUAGAAGUGAUGUAACCAUUACACCUCACUGAAACAGGUUUUUGCAGUCGCUCUGUAUCCAUCUAUUUACUGUAUUUGUAUUGUAUGCUUGACCAGAUUUUACUCUGAUAGUUUUUAAGCUGUACUCCAGAGAGUCAUCUUUAGUGUCAGAAUAUAUACGAGACUAAAAGCAGUUUUAUUUUCAUGAGUUACACUUCCCCUGAAAUCUAACCUGAAAGCCCUGUUUAAUCUCCCAGUAGAUGCAGUAAAACCCUAGACAGCAAAAAAAAAAAAAAAAAAAAAAAAAAGAAAAGAAAAAGAUUCCUGUUACCCCCACUAUAUAAUACAACAGGAAACCGGACAUUCUGUAAUGUUUAAGAGACAUUGUCAUUUCAGAACACAGGUAAUUUCAGGGCAGUACAAUCAAAGAAUUGGAUUCAUUGUUUGCUUUUUUGUGCAGUUAUUCCUACUUUUGCAUACUGUAUCUAACUUGUUUUUAGGUUAUGCGGUUCUGUUCAGGGUGUGGGAUGGGUUUCAUUAAUAAAAUAAUGUAAUGUU